UUCAUUCACUCUCCUAACCCCACACUCAUGCUUAAAAGGCAUUGAGAGGCAGACACCGGCUUUCAAUCGUGCUUGAGCGAGCGAUUCGUCUGGGAUAGGAGACAGAGACGAUUAAACUGCAAGACUUUUCCUGAGGAACCAAGUUUAAGUGCGGGAAAGAGAUAAAGAUGCCACAGAACGUGAUGUUGGAUGGACCAGCUCCUUGGGGCUUUCGGCUCUCUGGAGGCAAGGACUUCAACCAGCCGCUGACUAUAACUCGGGUGACACCUGGCAGUAAAGCAUCACAGGUCAAUCUGUGCCCAGGUGACAUCAUCUUGGCUAUCCAAGGAGAAUCCACAGAGAGUAUGACUCAUGCUGAAGCUCAAAACAAGAUUAAAGACUCCACCAAUCAGCUUUUCCUCAAGAUAGAGAGGCCAGAAACUAAACUUUGGUCACCUCACGUUGUAGAAGAGGGAAAAGUAAAUCCAUUCAAAAUCAAUUUGGAGGCAGAAAAGCAAGAGUAUACACCUAUUGGCACAGGUCAUAACAGAAAAGCACAGCCCUUUGUGGCUGCAGCCACUCUGGAUGACACAAAGCAGUUGGUGUGCGCCUCCUACAACACCCCCAUAGGCCUCUACUCUGCAGAUAACCUCCAGGAUGCCCUGCAAGGACAGAUCCAGGGUCGGGUGCAUGAAAAGACCGAGUGUGACAGUACAUCCCAGACGUUGAUGGCAAAUGUUGCUCAGGUGCAUGGCACCACAUCAGUGUGUAAGGCAGAUCCCAGCAAAAACGAGACCCUCACGCUUUCUGCUCAAUACAACUCCCCCAUUGCAUUAUACUCAGCAGACAAUGUCUCAAAUACACUACAGCAGGCUCAGAUGUCCACUGUAGGCAGACAGGGAUCACCCAGCCCUAAAACCCUAGCAUCCAUUGAGGAAUCUCAUGUGUAUCGAAUGCUUCAGGAGGAUCAUGAACAACCACAUGAGCCACGUCAGUCUGGCUCUUUUAAGGCUCUGCAGGACUAUGUAGAGAGUGAUGGCACAAAGCCCAUGGUGACUAGAAGUGUAAAGGCUCCAGUGACAAGGCCACAAGCAGCCACAGCUUCACUACAAAAGCUGCACAUCUGUGAUAAAUGUGGUACCGGCAUUGUUGGACCAGUCGUUAAAGCCCGGGACAAGUACCGCCAUCCAGCCUGUUUCGUGUGCUCAGACUGCGGCCUAAACUUGAAGCAGAAGGGUUACUUCUUUGUGGAGGGACAGAUGUAUUGUGAAAACCACGCACGAAUUCGAAUGACUGCACCUGAGGGACACGACCUGGUUACAGUGUAUCCGACUUCUUAGACUCAGAAAUCUCUUGUAACUGAUGCCGUUAAAAUGAAAAAAAAAAUAUAUUAAUUGCAUCAUGCUUUUUAUUGAUGUUCCAUUAAUUGCAUAUCUGCAUAAAGGAUAAUAUGCGGACUUCAAAUGGGAUGUUUAGUUUAUCAGGGGAAUAAGACAAGACCCCUUUUGAAUUUGCAACUUAUUCUCUAGGCCUUAAUCAAUUUCUAGUUAAAAAAGCAAUCAUACAUAUUGCAUUGCAUAUUAGGCAUAUGCACUUAGGAAAUUCAGAAUUUUAAACCCUAUAGGUUUAAAUUAUUCUCUAAAUAUACCGAAAAGGACAUUUUGCUCUGGAUCUAUAGGGGUGUAUCACAAAAACAGUAAAAAAGAUGCAAAAUUCUCUUUUUGGGAGAAAAAUACUUUUUUUUAUCCGAAUACGAAAUUUCUAAUUUUUUGAAUGUGUAAUAUGUUUAAUGCAUGCCUGAUCAUUAUUAUAUUAUCUGCACAUCACUGACAAAAGGGUGCAAAUUAUAUACAUUUUCAAAUAGCAUUAAAAUGUAUUAUAAGCAUUGAGAUUUCUAAAUUACAGUAUUUUAUUUAAAGAAUUAUUUAUAUUUUCCCCUGAAGAUGUCACAAGUUUUUAAUAUGCCAUUACAGAAGGGAUUUGAUUGUAGUUUGUGGAGUUGACAACCCUGUAAAAAGAUAAAAAGAAAAUGACAUUA